AUGGAGCGGUUUGGUUUAAUCUGGGACGACACUGCGCCGUCUUUGUACGAAUGUGGAGCCACGCUGAUCGACUACCAGUAUCUCCUAACGUCCGCAUCCUGUGUCACAACCAACCGCGGCGAUCCAUCGUAUGUUUCUUAUGAUGGCAAAGAACGUAUCGCCGUGCUGGAUGUUUAUGUGUCCCCAAAAUAUGUUCAAGGACGUCCAGAAAACGACGUCGCUCUCGUGAAGAUAGCAAAGUUCACCAAUCCAAAAGUACACCGCCCGUCCUGCCUUUGGAACCGUCAUACUGAUGGCGAAUGGAGCACGUAUCCUGUUGUUAGUGCGUACGGACUAUCGGAACAGUUCCUGCCAUCGUUCUCCCCUGAGUUGGUGAACAGAACCAUCUCGAUUGUUCCUAUGGACAAAAAAGAUUGCCAAGCCGAUGGACUCCGCGGUAGUGAUUUGAUUCGCUGCCACAAUGAAGUUAAGUUGGUGCCGCGACUUUGUGCGUUGGACUAUGGAGCCCCGGUGACCAAUGUUAAAUAUGAAGAAGAAGAUCCCAAUUACAUCUACGGCGUGGUAUCAUCGCUCAGUAAGGAUUGUGGAUCAGGCUUAGUUAUGACGGACGUUACGCCGCACAUCGAUUGGAUUGAAUCUAUCAUCAUUCGGCGACGACACGAAAUGCUCAUAUUUUCAGACUAG